ACAGCAACACAAAACGCAAAACGCUGUUGCUAUUCGUACGAGUAGGAUGUGUUUUGUGCGCGCGCUUAAAAACUUCUCGUAAAAUGAAGAAAAUACACUGGUGAAAUAAUUGCCUAAGUUUAAAGGAAAACGUGACGAUCUAUCAUUAUUCUUGUUGAACUCAUUCUAACUAAACAUUCGCGCUGUAUGGUUGAAGUGGCCACCGCAAGUGAUACAAACGGAAACAGUCGAAACGCGCGCCGAAAAAGUGCAUCGUUCAAAAGCGGUGAUGCGUUGCAUUUCGCAAGAUUCGCCCGCGAAAAGAGUAAAACUAAAACGUGUGUGAUGUAGGCGUGGAACCGUUGUUCGUUGGAGUCCGCAAAAUCGACACCGAAAAAAAAACAUGUGAAAAGAAAGUUUCCAUACGGUUCCGUUGCAUACGCACCCAGGCCCGUAUUGCAGGCUGCGUGUAUCGAGCUCGUACAUUUGAUUGCGUUCCCGCAGCACGCGGAUCAACCCGAGCUUCCUUAAUCGGGGACGCAUAAUCGGAAAAUGAUGGUGUAGUGAUUGAAUCAUAGCAACCCUACAGAAUUGUGUAUAAUGCACCCCAUCACCCGAUCAUCGUGUGUGGAGGAAGAACGUACAACAGAACUUUGUACCGUACGUUGAUCGAUAAGAGCCAGGGAAUAGCUUCGGGCAUGGAUUGUGUGCCGGAACCGAAUCGAAUAAAUACGCACCACAGCUAGACAUGGGAUUACAGUACGCGGCGGACAACAAUUCAAGUGUUAUCGCGUGAAAGAGUUUGCUUCUGCUUUUAGUGAAAAGUUCGAACAAAAACCCGAACCGCAUCGCGUCUCGCGACUCACUGACACACUUUUGCCGCGGUUGCCAACAAAAGGUCUUUGGUAUCCACCGGCAAGACAAACGGUGGUGAGUCAGUCCGCCAACGACGACGACCAGUGAAGAUUCUCUUUUGUGCUUUACCGUGUUUAUCUGUGCAGUUUUUUUUUUUUUUUUCGUGCAAAACUAAGAUCAAACGAUUCGUGGCGUUUCCUGGAAUACGCCGGAAACGUAAAGAAGAGAAAGGUUUUUCCACCACGGUUGGGUAGUUGAGGAACCGUGCGAACCAAAGCAAAGUUAGUCGGGUAUUCUAACAAUUCGUAGUGAAACACUUUUCCAACCAUGGUUUCCGUUGGUGGGAAAUUGCUCCAGUCGCCGGGCUCGCGGAUGCUCAUCAUCUUGCUGCUGCUGCUCAUCCAACACCGACCGGCUAGUGCCGACGGUAGCCUGUUUGACAACUUCAUCUCACAGCUCAUGACGACGGCAGCAACGGCACAAAACUUCCUCGAAGACGCAUACGAUCAGAGGCAGGGCCGUGGCACGGAACCACCAUUACUCCCACCGUCAUCAGAUUCACUUUCGCCCGUACUCAUUCCGGUUGGGAGUAUUGAUCUAGCCGAUCAACCAACAACACCGCCAACUACGACCACAUUUGCAGCUGGCACUACAACGACGACGACGACGACGACAACAACAACAGCUACACAUGGAACGCGUGCACCGCUUCCGUUUUGGAAUCCGUUUGUUUGGUUGCGCCCGAAGGAGGCCGCCAUACCAUACAAUCCGGACACCGAUCUCAGUACACCAGAAAUAGCGGUUCGGCACGGAUACCAGGCGGAAUCACACACUCUCAAAACGGCCGAUGGUUAUCUCCUAACGCUACAUCGAUUGCCCUGCGGUCGCAUCGGAUGUCCGGCCCAAGGUGGCAAAGGUACGGGCCAACCCGUAUUCCUGCAGCACGGUCUACUGUCCAGCUCGGCGGACUGGUUGCUGAGUGGGCCGGAAAAGGCACUUGCCUUCAUACUAGCGGACGCCGGCUAUGACGUUUGGUUGGGAAAUGCACGUGGCAAUACAUACUCCCGCAAGCACGUUAGCUUCAGCAGCGAUGAGACCGCCUUCUGGGACUUUAGCUGGCACGAAAUGGCGAUGUAUGAUAUACCGGCUGAGAUUGAUUAUCUGUACAACAUUCGGGCUCUGGAACGCAAUGAUACGACGCGCAAUCUGCUGUACGUUGGACAUUCCAUGGGUACGACAAUGAUCUUCGCACUGUUAGCAAGCCGCCCGGAGUACAAUGAACGGUUGGAGGCCGUAUUUGCGCUGGCCCCAGUUGCCUUCAUGGGGCACGUGAAAAGUCCCAUCCGUCUGCUAGCACCAUUUUCGCACGAUAUCGAGAUGAUACUAAAAUUUUUCGGCGGUAAUGAGUUUAUGCCGCAGAACAAAAUCAUUCGCUAUCUUGCCAAAUAUGGAUGCGAACUGACCGAAGCGGAGAAGUAUAUCUGUGAGAACACCGUGUUCGUCCUGUGUGGUUUCGACAAGGAGCAGUACAAUGCCACACUGAUGCCGGUCAUCUUCGGUCACACACCUGCCGGUACGUCGACAAAAACGGUCGUUCACUACGCGCAGGAAAUUCACAACGAGGGCAACUUCCAGCUGUUCGAUUACGGCGAAAGCGAAAAUCAACGACGCUAUGGACGGGCUACGCCACCGGGCUACAAUCUGGAAAAUAUAUCGACACCGAUAGCACUGUUCUACGCCAACAACGAUUGGUUGGCCGGACCAAUGGAUGUGGCCAAUCUGUUCAACCAGCUGCACCGCACCUCGAUCGGAAUGUUCAAGAUACCGAACGAUAACUUUAAUCACGUGGACUUUCUGUGGGGAAACGAUGCGCCGGAGGUAGUCUACAAGCAGCUUCUUAUGCUGAUGCAAAGAUACAAGUAACACCGUCAGCUAAGCCAUAUCAUGCUACAGAGGAACGGCGAAUGAAUUCUGUCCAAGGAAAUUCAAGCGAGCAACAAAAACUAUGACUGCAUUUUCAUGUUGAAAAUCCUAACUGUUAAGACUUCAAUGAGUUUAGUGUUGUAUGUAUAAAUAAAAAUGGAGCAUCGAUAAUUAA